CGUGGCCUGAAAGAUGAGCGUGCGAUGGGAUUGCUGUAAGAUCUCACUGCAGGCGCCUCCUCUGGACUAUUCCUUCCGAGGCAUCAGCUUCAUCCAAGACCUGCUGACAGAGGAGCCCCGCGCUGGCCUCAAGGUCAUCAAGCGCUCGGCCGGGGGGAAGCUGCUGACCCAGGCGGUGCGCCUGAAUAACAACACCAUCAACGAGCUGACGGACUUCGCCUCCACCAUGGAGCAGCUGCUGGAGUACCCCGACGAGCUCUCCUGGGUCGACCUCUCCUUCAACGACUUGUCUACCAUCGACCCGGUGCUGACUAUGUACCCCAACCUCCGGGCCCUCAACCUGCACGGGAACAGCAUCCAGAGCCUCGGCGAGGUGGACAAGCUGGCCGUCCUGCCGCGCCUGCGCACGCUGACCCUGCACGGAAACCCCAUCGAGGAGGAGAAAGGCUACAGGAGCUACGUGCUGUCUGUGCUGCCCCAGCUGAAGUCCUUCGAUUUCAGCGGCGUGACGAAGCAGGACCGCUCCACCGCCACCUUCUGGAGACGCAUGAACGUCAAACCCAAGGUGGCCAAGAAAAGGCGGAACGACUACUGAGGGGACGGGCUGAAGCAGCAUCUGCGCCGUUCAACGGGGCCCAGCGCCCUGCGGGGGUGGGCGGCGUAAAGCCCGCGUGUUAGCGUAGGAAUAAAGGCUUCGAGCUCUGUAGGGUAGGACGAUGAAUCGCUAUGAGGGGCGGGGCUCAGUCAUCACUGGAAACGGACGGGGAGAGCUGCCGUGGCAGUGGGCCGGGUACACACCUGCCACUGUUAGCACAGAGGGUCUCUGCUCGGCUCGCUCCACCCGCUCUCCUGAGGGGCUGGGAAAUGCCCCUCCUCCUCUCCUGGGACCAGCAGGCAGCUGGUGGGGAAGAAAUGGGGCCCUGGGCCUCCCAGGAGGUGGUUGUGCCCCCAGCAGCGGAGGAGCUGGCCUUGCCCACUGCGCUCCUUUAAGGUGUCCCAGCCCCGUUCUCCUGCUGAGCUGCCAGGGGGAGUCCAUCUGUGGUCAGGAGGUGCCCGCGAUCCCACGCUGGCUGCUUCCUUCGCGGGGAGGAUGGGGCAGCACCACUCCCCGAGGCUCUUGUGCCCCAGGCUUGCUCAGGGGGGUUCUCUGUAAAGUGCAACCCUCCACCCCCAGCACAUCAGACCCAAAGCCAGCCAGGGCACAGAACCACCCCGACACAGCCCCCGGCUAGAGCCCAGGGGCAAAGAGAGGGACCCCUCCCCGGGGAGGCAAACAGCUCAAAGUGCUACGUACGACAGGACUGUCCGCCUUCCACGAACCUGCCUCCCCUGGCCCCCGUAGGCGGGCUCUGCUGCGUGAGCCCAGUCGCUCCUGCGGGCACUAACCUCAUCACACGCUCAGCCCACCUCCAAACGCUCGGUCUCCUCACUAGCAGGGGUGGGAUGAGCCUGAAGGCCCCCGACUCCUUUGGGGGAAGAAAGCUGGUAAGUGACUGUCCCACACGACCAUUUGAUUGAACUCAUGGGCUCCCAUCAGUCACAGGGCCUGCAGCUUCUGGGACAACUCAGCCCUGCCCCCUGGGCGUUAGUGCUUAAUGCUCAGAGUCGUUCCCAGCUGAGCCAGCCAGGUUUCCCUUGUGCCCCAGGCCAGUCAAGUCAUCCCCAUGCAAGUCCCCGCCUGCCACUGUCAUCACUUCCCAAGAGGCUUCGAGCACAAAUGCUCCAGCCCCAACAGGAAAUUGUCACCUCGCUCUUUGUCUUCCCAGAGGCAGAGUUUGCCCAAGGCAAAGCAUGUUUGAACCAUCCCAGGCCGUGGGUGCGGCUGUGUAGAGCAGCAAUCCGAUCCCUGACCAUUAACUGACAGUGCAUGCCCAGGGGGCUAGGUUGGGGCCGGGGGCUAGCAGUGGUUCCAUGGUGUCAGACCUAUUCCCCUCCCAGACACCUUUCCCCCACCGGCAGCUGUUCACUGCCCCUACCGCUUCCCCAGGGCCGCUUCGGUGAGGCCCCAAGAGGGGUAAAUACUAUGGAGCUACAGAUCAGGCCUAGGGCCUCCCUUCUCCCGUAAGAACAGUGUGGGGAGGGAGCCAGGGUUCCAGCUGUGGCUAGGUCUACCCUAGGUCUGGCAUAGUUGAGAGCAACCUCAGGGCUGCUCUAAGUGACACCAGCUGCUAACUGUGCCCAAGGAGCCAUUGGCCAUGCAAGGGAGGGGUGUAGCACCUGCCUGGCUUCCCUCUACCCUGGGGCAAAAUGGCACAGCACCUGUUUCUCCACCCCUGAAGACUGUCCCACCUGCAGGGAUAUGCAGCCCAGGGGAUGCACCUUGCAGCAGACAACGUCUCCUCAGACUGAGGAAAAACAGUGCCAAAGGGGUGAAAUUCAGCCUGCCAAAGCUGCACCUGCCCCUCCCAGCUCUCCUUUAGCACAAACCCCUGUCCCCACAUUCCCUGUGCUUGCCCAUGGGCUUCAGUGCACUUCAGACCCAAGCAGCUGCCAGCCUUGCUAAAGCAGAAGACAACCCCUUUAGUGAUGGUAUUGGGGGGGAGGGGCGGCAGAGAGAGAGCGUUGUGAUCCUCUCUCAGGAGACCCUAAUGUGUUAAUGCUGCUGCGCCAGCCUCCCGAAGCCAUGGCUGCAUGGGACGCUCAGGCCAGCUCCACAAAUCAGAGUGACAGUGGGUAGUGAUCGCCCUUGUGCACGGUCUGCCCCAUCCCUUGUCCGUAGGACCAGGAAUGAACUCCACCAGCUAGGCCAGGAGCAGGUGGUAGAGACGCUCUGGGGUACUAUGGAAGAAGCUCCUGGGUUAAUGGUCUGAGGGCUCCUUGCCCCGGUUUUGCUGGCGCACUAUUAAACACGUCAACUCUC